AUGUUGCAAGAUGUUUGUUCAUCCACUACUGUUCAACUCACCAAGCAUGCCGGUCUUCCAAAAAAGGGUUCUCACGUGGAGCAUAUGGUGGAGCUGAAUAUGAUCCCGAAGUUCCUGAUGGAUAAAAAUCCUAUAGCAAUCGGCGUAUUUAACGAUCAUCUUAAAACUAUAGCUAGCGCCACCUCGAAGAGUCCCGAGGACGCCGCUAAGAAGCUUUUGGGCGUUUUGCAGAAACAGACAAUUGGUGUCUAUAAUUAUUUGAACUAUCCCGAGCUUCGCCCUUAUUUGAAUGAGGCACGGGCGGCCGUGCAAAAGGAGUUUGGAUAUGCCGAUAAAUAUAUGCCGGGGUUGGAGGGCAUGCUCGCCAUUUGGAAAGAGUUUGAGCCUGCUUUCUAUGAAAAUCUCGUGCAGCAUGGACAAAAUUACCUUACGAUCAGAAUCGGGUUGAUUUACCAAAAGUUUCCCUUAGGAGGGGCAACAGGUGAUGUGGUAUCAAAGGUGGUCUAUGAAGCGGAGCAACUGAAAAAAGCUAUCGACCAGAUCACAUUCAAAGUGUGA